GUCAGGGCAGGGUUGUGCCCUCGGGAGCGUGGACACUUCCGUUUCCGAGAGGCAAGGAGCCGCAACAUCAACAUCCACAGACAGAUUAAGUUAAUUACUUAUCACCAAAAUUGGAGUCUGAGGAUGUCGGGACAAAAGCGUCCUGCGGACUCCACCGGGGCCUCGUCCUCCGGUGCCCCCCCAGAGAAGCGCAGGGAGAGGGAGGGAGAGGACGGAGGGCCCGGUGUCAGCGCCGGUGCUGGGGGAAGCACCGCGGUGGAAACGGUCAUCAAACUGGGAGGGGUGUCUAACUCUGAGGAACAAGACAUCAAAGCGCUCCAAACUAAGAACAGAAAGUUGGGAGAAUCUCUUGAUCAACGACAGGUGAUUGAAGACGAAUUGAGAGAGCGAAUCGAAAGACUGGAGACCCGUCAGGCCACGGAUGAUGCCAGCCUGUUGAUACUCAACAGAUACUGGAACCAGUUUGAUGAAAAUAUUCGGCUGAUCAUCAGGCGCUAUGAACAAGUGAGCAGCGAGGCAGAGAAAUCCCCAUCAGGGGAGGGACGGAGUCUGAAGCCUGAAACUCCAGAACCCGAUGGUGACUCCAACCAGGAGAGGGCCAAAGACAGAGGCCACCAGGGAGAAACCUCCAAUUCCUUUCUGGCCACGUUGGCGAGCAGCACCAGUGAUGAGAUGGAGGCAGAGCUCCAGGAGAGGGUGGAGUCCAGCCAGAAACAGGCCAGUCGUGUGGUGGAGAUCUACCAGAGUCUGAAGAGCACCGUGGAGCUGCUCAAAGCCGAGGCUGAAUCUGGUAGAUCAGAGGGCAGUUUGUGGCAGGAAGCUUCCAAGCUGAACUCCCUGCUGACCUGUGAAAAUGAACGGCUUCAACAGCUGACGGAGGACCUGAAGCAGAAGCACAGUCACAUGACCAGCGAGUCCCGGUCACUGGGCCGGGCCGCCAACAAAGCAGACCAGCGGGUCAGCGAGCUGCAGGCUCGCAUCGAGGAGCUCCAGUGGGACAUGGAGAAGAUCCGCCGCCGGGAGAACAGGUUGAACGCACACCUGAGCGAGAUUCUGGAGAGGGUGAACAGCAAAGGCUACAAAGUGUGCGGGGAAGCCAGCAGUGUGUGUGGAACCAUCACCAUUAACAAAAGAAAGUUUGAAGAAAUGAACAGCGAGCUGGAGGAGAACAGGGAGCUGGCAGACAACCGCCUCAUCGAGCUGCAGAAGCUCCAGCAGGACCUGCAAAAUGUUCAGCAGGAGAACAACGGCAUGAAGACGGAGCUGCUGACUCGGGCUGAGGGUUUGGUCAAAGAGACGUCCGAGUUCCGCUGUCUGCAGUCGCAGUUUUCGGUGCUCUACAACGAGUCGCUGAUCCUCAAGUCCCAGUUGGACGAGACGCGCGCUCGCCUCAACACCACCAGGACGGCGCGGCUCCGGCAGCUGGAGCACAUGGAGAACGAUGAGGUGGCCCUGCAGAGGAAGGUUCGCACGGAGGUGUUUCAGCUGGAGGACACGCUGGCUCAGGUCAAGAAGGAGUACGAGAUGCUGCGCAUCGAAUUCGAACAGACUCUCGCCGCCAACGAGCAAGCAGGUCCCAUCAACAGGGAGAUGCGUCACCUGAUAAGCACACUGCAAACCCAGAACCAGCAGCUGAAGGGAGAGGUGGUGAAGUACAAGCUGAGACUGAGAGAGACGCAAGCUGAGCUCAACCAGGUCCGCAUUUCAAAGGGCAGCGCCAUCCUCCAAUCGCAGUCCAGCACAGAGAUGGACGCCAAGGAUGAGAUGAUCUCUCCAUCCGCGCUGGCCGUUUCCGGGGAACCCACGGUCAAAGCAGAGCCCGACAACGGCUCCUCCACACCCAGCAGCACCGGGGCCUCGGUUAAAACGGAGCCUGGUGUAGAAACCGAGGCGAGCGUAAAGGAAGAGGAGAAGGAGGAGAAGAAAGAGAAGGAGGAGAAGAAAGAAAAAGAGAUUAUAAAGAAAGAGGAGAAAGAAAGGGAACGGGAGAAAGAAAAGGAAAGGGAGAAGCCCAGCCGGAGCAGCGGGAGCAGCAGCAGCACCCUGAUGAAGGAGGAGAAGGAGAAGCCGGGGAGCAGCGGGCAGGCGGAGGAGUCGGCCGGGGAGCGCCUGUCCAUGGUCGGCGGGUCCAAGAGGAAGGAGAUGGAGCAGCUGAAAAUCGUCCGAGCUGAACUGAAGAAAGCGCAGGAGUCCCAGAGGGAGAUGAAGCUGCUGCUGGACAUGUACCGCUCAGCGCCCAAAGAGCAGAGGGACAAAGUUCAGCUCAUGGCUGCCGAGAAGAAGACAAAGUCAGAGGGAGAGGAGCUGCGGCAGAGGCUGAGAGAACUGGAGGAGAGGGAGAGGAGGGAAGGCAAAAAAAUGGCCGACGAAGAGGCUCUGAGGAAGAUCCGAUCUGUGGAGGAGCAGAUCGACACCCUGAACAAGAAGCUGUCUAUCGCUAAGCAGGAGGAGGACGCGCUGCUGAGCGAGAUGGACGUGACGGGGCAGGCCUUUGAGGACAUGCAGGAACAGAACAUCCGCCUCAUGCAGCAGCUCCGCGAAAAGGACGACGCCAACUUCAAACUGAUGAGCGAGCGGAUCAAGUCCAACCAGAUCCACAAGCUCCUGAAAGAGGAGAAGGAGGAGCUCGCCGACCAGCUCCUCACUCUAAAAACUCAGGUGGACGCACAGCUGCAGGUGGUGAGGAAGCUGGAGGAGAAGGAGCGCCUCCUGCAGGGCACCAUCAACGCUGCAGAGAGAGAGCUGUCGCUUCGAACCCAAGCUCUGGACAUGAACAAACGCAAGGCUCAGGAGUCUGCUCUGCAGUCAGAGGAGCUGAGGACCCAGAUGGAGCAGGUCCAGCAGAGGCUCAAACUGGUCAGGGAAGAGGUCAUCGAGAACAGCAUUUCCAGGGAAAAGGAGUCCUUCAACGCCCGGCGAGCACAGGAGGACAUCUCCAAACUUAGGAGAAAGAUUGAAAAGGCCAAGAAACCAGCCGAGAAAAUCAGCAGCGGAGACGAGAUCCUCAACGAGGAGAUUAGUGAAUACAAGGCCCGCCUCACAUGUCCCUGCUGCAACUCCCGGGUGAAGGAUGCUGUCCUGACCAAGUGCUUCCACGUCUUCUGCUUCGAGUGCGUCAAGACGCGCUACGACACCCGGCAGAGGAAGUGCCCCAAGUGCAACGCCGCCUUCGGAGCCAACGACUUCCAUCGCAUCUACAUCGGCUGAGUGGGGGCCCCCCCCCCCCCCCCCUCUGCUCGGGACGGAGAGGAAGGGGGUCAGCGAGACGAGCGGCGGUACAAACUCUGCCUGGAGCCAGACUCCGCUCCGCACUCGUGUGCCGCCUCCUGUCGUAGGAGGUUGUUAGCGGGACGUCACAUGACAGUUUCAGAGAUGCUCUGAACACAAGACUUUAUAUCUUUCUUUCUUUCAAACAAUGACUGAAGCCCCCCCCCCCCCUUCCUUCUAUCCACUUUCCUACAUUUCUGUUCUUUGGCGCAGAAAGAGUGGUUGCAUCCCAUCCCGAGGCUUAAAGUGUCUGUGUGUGUGAGUGUGUGUGUGUUGACAUUUGAAAACGUAC